AUGGGGGACGGAAGCAGCCUAAGAUUAGAGCAAUUCAGAGUGCAGGAGCUAGGACCUCGACCCAGCAGACACCCACUGUUCUAUGUUGCAGUGCAAGGCUCGCGGCCUGGCAAAAACGUGCAGCUGACGGAGAACGAGAUCCGGGGCCUCUGCCUCAAGUCGCGGGAGAUCUUCCUGAGCCAGCCCAUCCUGCUGGAGCUGGAAGCGCCGCUCAAGAUCUGUGGUGACAUCCACGGGCAGUACUAUGACCUGCUGCGGCUCUUUGAAUAUGGGGGCUUCCCACCUGAGAGCAACUACCUCUUUCUGGGCGACUAUGUGGACCGGGGCAAGCAGUCAUUGGAGACCAUCUGCCUCCUGUUGGCCUACAAGAUCAAGUACCCUGAGAACUUCUUCCUGCUGCGUGGCAACCACGAGUGCGCCAGCAUCAACCGUAUCUACGGCUUCUACGAUGAGUGCAAGAGGCGCUACAACAUCAAGCUGUGGAAGACGUUCACCGACUGCUUCAACUGCCUGCCCAUUGCUGCCAUUGUGGAUGAGAAAAUCUUCUGCUGCCAUGGAGGGCUGUCUCCAGACUUGCAGUCAAUGGAGCAGAUCCGCAGGAUCAUGCGCCCCACAGAUGUGCCGGAUCAGGGGCUGCUGUGCGACCUCCUGUGGUCUGACCCUGACAAGGAUGUCCAGGGCUGGGGCGAGAAUGAUCGUGGUGUCUCCUUCACCUUUGGCUCCGAGGUGGUCGCCAAGUUCCUGCACAAACAUGACCUGGACCUGAUCUGUAGGGCACACCAGGUAGUGGAAGAUGGUUACGAGUUCUUUGCCAAGCGCCAGCUGGUGACACUUUUCUCCGCCCCCAAUUACUGUGGCGAGUUUGACAACGCGGGUGCCAUGAUGAGCGUGGAUGAGACACUCAUGUGCUCCUUCCAGAUCCUGAAACCAGCUGACAAGAACAAGGGCAAGUACGGGCAGUUCAGCGGCCUGACCCCCGGCGGGCGCCCUGUCACGCCCCCGCGCAACUCGGCCAAAGCCAAGAAGUAACCGGCUGUUCCCCCCCACCCUGCCCCACGGACUGGGGGGCUGGGCCCACCCCCCGGCUGCCCUGGCUCUCUGCCCCGGGGCUCUGCUGUCCAGUGCCCACCCUGCCUGCCUGGGGCAGAGCUGAAUUGUUAUUUUUAAACUCCUGGAGUUUGCUACCAAAAAUCCUGCUCCAGGGAGGGGGGGCUGGGGAUGGCUCUUGAUUUCUGGGGAGGGGGUUUCACUUUUCUUUUUUUUUGGAUCACGUCUAUUUUGCCAGUUGAGCCCCUGCCCCUCCCCCCUGCUGCUGAGAAUCUUUUUGAAUAAAUAUUUACCAGAAAUUCUUAA